CCUCACUGCUCCCAACCCCACUUCCCACCAUUCUUUUAUCUCCUGUGCGCGGUCUCCGGAUGAACACAGACCCUUUUCUCUCUCUCUCUCGCUCGGAAGAUUGCUGCGGAAUGUCGAACCACGAAGAGCAGGCGGAGGACGCGCGCGCGAAUGGAGAUUCGUUCCACAAGGUGAAGCUUCGGUUGAAGGACAGAUCGAAGAAAGUGGCCCAGACGAAGGAGAUGACGAAGGAGAUGAUCUCCAAGCAAGCUAAGAAGAUCGCUCAGCGAGCCGAGGAACACGAGCGGUUCAUUAACAAGGUGACGCAUCUAUUAGGUGUGCUCGCAUUUGGUGGGUUUUGCUACCUACUUGGAGCCAGACCACAAGAUGUUCCUUAUGUAUAUUGUCUGUUCUAUGUUAUUUUUGUCCCCCUUCGGUGGAUAUACUAUCGGUUCAAGAAAUGGCAUUACUACCUAUUGGACUUCUGCUACUAUGCCAACACUAUCUUCUUGGUCGAUCUUCUUCUGUAUCCGAAAAAUGAAAAGCUUUUUAUGGUUUGCUUCUCCUUUGCCGAGGGACCAUUGGCAUGGGCAUUGAUUGUCUGGCGUUGUAGCUUGGUGUUUAGUUCAGUUGAUAAAAUUGUUAGUGUCCUCAUUCACCUUUUACCAGGAUUAGUUUUUUUUACCAUAAGAUGGUGGAAUCCUGCAACCUUUGCUGCCAUGCAUCCUGAAGGAACAGCACGAAGGGUCUCGUGGCCAUACGUGGAAGACAAGUCCUAUCUCUGGACUUGGCUGUUUGUGAUUCCCUUGGUUGCUUAUACUCUUUGGCAGGUUCUUUAUGUGCUCAUAGUUAAUGUUCUACGUCGACAGAGACUGUUAAGAGAUCCUGAAGUUAUGACUUCUUAUAGAGAAUUGUCUAAGAAGGCACAGAAAGCAAACAACAUAUGGUGGCGUUUGAGCGGCUUACUAGGAGAUAACAAUCGGCUUCUCAUGUACACUCUGCUUCAAGGAUUAUUUACCGUGGCAACCAUGGCGCUUGCGGUCCCAAUCUUUUUGUCAUAUAGACUGCACGUGGUCUUCCAAAUACUGAAGGUGUCUGCAACAAUUUGGAACGGCGGAAGCUUUCUCUUGGAAGUUAUGCCGAGGCAGGUCAUUCUCAAGGAGAAGAAGAAAACAGAAACACGACAUGGACAAAACCAGCAGGAGCAAGCCCCCGUUGCAACUGACAAUCCUCCCGAUGCAGUUAAUUCCACUGAAACGCCCCAAUCAUAGCACAGAUUGGUAUGCCUCAUACUCAAAUCUUCAUCACUUGUAGAACUUCCAUUGCGCCCACGCGUCAGCUGCCUCAUGGUUGCGAACAUGUUAAGGUGGCUCAACGAUGCCGAUUUGUUCCCAGCUAGUCCAAGGUUGCAUUCCUUUACUGAUUCUUUUUCUUCUAGAGUUUGUUACUCCAAUGUAAGAGAAAGUUAUCAUGGAGGUGAAUUCGAAGUUUUGUUGCAAGGUUUGGACGUGGAAUGUCAUCUUAAGCUUCAGAAAAAAGCUAGUGAGAUAUGUCGAGUUAUAGCCCAGAAAAGAAAAUAUAAUGAGCAAGAGCAGAAUGAGUUGUGACAAGCUUUUGGUCGCAUUGUUAGAGUUAGUACAGAUGUUGUGGUAUAUCGAUUGCCUCAUUAUGCUUCAUGCUUGAGGAUGAUACAUUGAAAUUGCUGCAUCGCCUGCAAAUGACAAUGUUGGGGUCUUUAAAGGAAAAAUUAAAAAUUGAAUUACUUUUCCUCUCAUGUACGAUACAUAUGAUUGCCCUUGACCAGCAGCUGCUGUCACCACUUAGACUAAGGAAACAAAGAAAUCCCAAACCACUAUAAUACCUAAGAAACCAAAGCCAUCACCAAAUAUGAAUGAAGCCCUCACCCAAGAAAAGAAAAAUGAAUAGAAAGGCC